AUGCAGGGCGAUUUCCGCCAACAUCUGCGGCACGCGCGGUUUUCUUUCGGCAACACGCCCGUGACGAGAGAGAUGACGGAAAAUGGGGGCGUGGUUCUUCAAAAUGCGAAUGUGGACUCCAGUGGACCCUGCCAUGGGCCGCCACGGGAGCAGCCACCGCCGCCACUGCCACCGCCGUCGCAAACGAACGGAGGGAAAACGAAGGCAUUUCUCGCGUUGUUUUCUCGGCAUCAUGAUUUCAACACACGAGGAUGCAAAAGUGAGCAUCACCGGCUGAUAAAUGAGGACUUUUUUACAGAUCCGAUCCGGAAACUGCUGCGUGACGGUAACUUUCCGUUUAAAUUAGUCGUGAAUUGUCUUAUGCUUCUAUUUCUUAUUUUGAUUGCUGUUAUGUUUCACGCGCCGGAGAAUAUUGCGAACGAAGAGCAGCGCAAAGCCGUGCUUCAUUCUUUUGUAGGAAACGACUAUAUUGGGAAGGACAAGGGGAAUAUUAAGUUUCGACCAACGGUGUAUUUACACAAACGUGAAGACGUGUUGAAAGAUAUUAAGAAGUUUGUCAAGGUGUACUACGCUCUGGCAAACAUCUCCGUGAGUGAGUUACACUAUUACUAUUAUGUAGUGUCAGAGGAUGGAGCUGCGGCUCUGCGGCGGCUGAUGGAAAGUGAGACACCAGAAGGUUCGGAUUGCUUUGAGGCUAUCGUACAUGGGAACGUCCACGAUCUUGAUGAUGCAGGUGAUUUAGUGAAUCUUAUGUGUGUGUUGCCGGUAUCCAUGGAGGUGGAUGCGUAUCUUUACUCGCAGCGGGAGUACAGAGGCCCCUCACCACUGCGACACUUUUCGGUUCAAUUGACAGAGAAGGAUCCCCUGGGCCCUUUUUCCGAUGACAGGGAGGAAAGCUCAACUGACAACCGUGAUCAUAGGGCUGCUCACUCGGAUAGGGAUAAAUACGUGGAGUCGGUGUGUGCUCCUCGAUAUGAUGAAAUCACUGGUCUGUACUAUCGCCCGUGCCGUGAAGACCCUGAUGCGAGUGAAAAUGGUACCAGUCAUGGCACGGAUGGCGAGAAUGACGGCUUUUUUUUCCCGUUGAUGGACAAUGUUUAUAGGAUUCGAUUAAGGGCAUCGAUUCGGCAUUUGACCGAUACUUUUUUUAAUCGUCAGGAGGCAACCAGCGGGUUCGAGACCGUUAUUUAUCACUGGGUCAUUGAAAAGGUAUUUUCCUUUCACGCCGGAGGCCUCGUGGAGGUGGAGUUUAUGAUUUCAGUGAACACGAGACGUAUCUCCCUAUUUGCGCAUCCACGAUUCUUUUUUUCCGUGGCGUUACUACUACUUGCGGUGUUUGACAUUGUUUUGAGGUAUCGUGCACUGAGGCGUAUAGCGACUUCUCGGAAACGCGUUGCGGUGCCGCAACCAACUUUACGGGAAGAGGAUUCCUUGGUACCUCUUCCACAGGAAAGAAGUAGUGAGUUUUCCACGCAUGCUGUGGCAUAUUCAACAGGCUCGGAUGCUUCACUGGGGGCACAGGGCGACUCCACGAAUUCCCAUGCAUCGCCCAUUCUUUAUAGGCGUUCUCCGCGGUCAAGAAAGCCGGUUACAAGGAAAGUAAAACACGUGCCGAGAGCUGGGUCUUUGGUGCCGGAGACUGUUUACACGGAUUUCUACGAUGCCUGGCGGGAACAUUUACAAAUCUCAAGGGGGGAAUCUUGGCAUUAUAUUGCAAUUGUUGCCGAUACGCUUGCAGUGGCGUACGUUUUUACGACAUCUGUGAGACUCUGGGGCAUGUCUACUCCGGAGUUUUGCGACACGUUGGAGAGUAUCUUUUUGGGUUUAACGGGGUUACUUCUUUCAGUAAAUCUUCUCUCGUAUAUUCGUUACUUCCCACAGAUGUACUUUGCGGUACGUGCGAUGCGGCGUGUUGUUCCGAGGUUACUUGGCUUUGCAAUGAGUGUUGCGCCUAUCUUUUUUGGAUUUGCUCUUUUCUUUUGUAUUGUUUUUGGGCCUCAUUCCAAUGGGGAGUUUUCCGACAUGGGUUUCUCUCUCGUGGCACUUUAUUUUGUGAUGUUUGGUGACGCCAUCCUCCCCGCCAUUGAGGAUGCUGAGGGGUCUGUGUAUCUGAUUGUGACCGUUUUGGCGAACUUCAUGACGAUUUUAUUUAUUCUUUUUUUCAUGAUGACAAUGCUGAAUCUUGCCAUGUCUAUAACGCAGCAUGAGUGGGGCCUACUACGACGACGUUUUGGGUCAUGUCUUAGCGCUAAUAAUCUUUUGUUUGAGGUGCGUACCCGCGAUGAGGUGAAGGCAGAGGCAAUGGAGGUUGUCAUUGCCAACAUGGAGCUUAUACUACACAUCAAAAGCGAGGAAAGGCUGACCGCGGAUGCAGCGCAUGAACGUCAUGGAGAAGACAACGGCAGUAACGGAUGUGCCAGUGAUACCGUGGAGGGUUUGUCAAGAUCUCCGCGGGAUUUGCAAAGAGGGGACGUAGCGGAUAUGUACCGACGGCGUUUAGAUGAGCUUACGGAGGGAAUAGUAAAUGAGGAUGAGUGA